CGGUUUAGCCGCAGCCCUUUCCUGUUAGCCAACGCAGAGCUUUCAUCUAAUUCAACAUUUAACGUUAGAUACUUCAUCUCUUGAACAUAUUCCUACGCGGCCUACAGUAACAUAACGCAACCAUGGCAGAGGCCAUUCAAAAGAAAUUGAAGGUGGAAGUAGAAAAAUAUUCUCAGAUGCAGAAAGAUGUUAGCAAGGGCAUGUCAGCCAGACAGAAGCUGGAAACGCAACUGGCAGAGAACAAUAUUGUCAAAGAGGAGCUUGACUUGCUCGACACUGCAAACACAGUGUAUAAGCUGAUCGGGCCAGUAUUAGUGAAGCAAGACCUGGACGAGGCCAAAGCCACCGUCACCAAAAGGCUGGAGUACAUCAACGGAGAGAUUCAGAGGUACGAGAGUCUCCUGAAGGACUUGGAAAAGAAAUCCGAAAAUCAUCGAGAACUCUUGUCCAGUUUGCAGCAGGAGUAUCAGAGAGCUCAGGGCCUGGCGGUCGGCAAAGUCUGACCAAGAGAUCUGGCUGCAUGCUCACACACACACAGCCACACACACACACACACGACUGACAUACACUCAGAAGAAUAGCCGAGAUUUAAUGAGCCCUUCAACAUAUUGCUGGUAAACUUCUGCCAUGUCUUGUCAACUAUUUGUUUAUUAAAGUGACUUUUCCCCGGUUACUAAUAAACGUGUUUUUCAUGAAAGGUU